AUGUGUUCUGUUUUUGGGAAUAGCACUUCCGGGUAUAAAAACCUUUGCUCAGUACACCAACAAAGGUUUUGUACCACCGCUGCUGUUGCUGCUGCUUAUUCUGAUUAUUUGCAUUAUUUUUAUUUUGUUUCUACUUAUUUUCGUAUUCUUGGUGUUGGUCUUUCUUUUGCUGCAAAUGCUCUUGAUGCUGCUGCUGGCCGUGCUAUUGUUGAUGAGCGUCGUGCUAUUGUUGAUGAGCGUCGUGCUAUUGCUUAUCUUGCUCGUGAUAUCCAUGAUGCUCUUGAUGCUAGUGUUAUGGAUGAUGAUGGUCUUACUGCUGAUGGUCAUGUUAUUAUUGACAUUCGUCGUGAGGAUCUCCCUUAUGAUCUUGUUGCUGAGGCUGAUCGUUCUCGUGCUGCUUUAAUUCGUUCUCUUGCUGAUCUUAAUCGUCUUUACGGUCGUGCUGAUCUUGAUGAUGCUGCUCCUGCUGCUCUUGCUACUGGUGAUUUUCGUUUUUAUGAUCGGGAUGGCAAUUAUGUUGAAUGUUGA